CUCUCUGUAUUAUAGUAUUGAGAUGUUGAUGAUGAGAGAUGAGAUGGAUGUGAUGUGCUGUAAAUCAGUAGGAACUGAUCUGUCUAUGCUGGAUAUUGAGGAUUUCAUCACAGAAAUCUCUCAGCUGAAGAACGAGGUGGCGUUACUGGAGACAAAGUUGAGGUUAAGAGGAGAUGAAGGACUGAAGAGAGAGGUUUGUACAGUUUAAACAUCAUUUACCUGUUUGACAACAACAGACGCUCAGGACACUACAGUGUGUGACAGUAAACGGGGCUUACAGGAGGAUCAAACCUCCACAGAGUCGAGGAACCUGAUGAUGAAGAUAAAAACAGAACCCACAGCAGAUGAAUAUGAACACAAUCAUAAUGAUGCUCAUGAGUUUAUUCUCUCAGUAGGAACUGAUCUGUCUAUGCUGGAUAUUGAGGAUUUCAUCACAGAAAUCUCUCAGCUGAAGAAAGAGGUGGCGUUACUGGAGACAAAGUUGAGGUUUAGAGGAGAUGAAGGACUGAAGAGAGAGGAUGUGGAUUGUUGUGAAUCUUCAGUGUAUUUGACUGAUGGACGUCUGGAUUCAGUGUGGAUGAGCAGAGAUCAGAGCCGCACACCACAGACACUGCUGGACUCUAAACUCUCUGAAGAGAAAUCCAGACACACACAGAACUCAGAGCUCAGUCUCACUUUACUCGAUUAUACUGAGUCAAAGCCCACAAACACUCAGUACACUACAGUGUGUGACAGUAAACAGAGCUUACAGGAGGAUCAAACCUCCACAGAGUCUCUAGAUUCUGUCUGUAACGCUGGAGAACAGCAACAGAUCCUGCAGACCACAAUGAAGAUGUGUUCAGUUAAACUGGAGGACUGCAAGAACCUGAUGAUGAAGAUAAAAACAGAACCCACAGCAGAUGAAUAUGAAGACGAUCAUAAUGAUGGUCAGGAGUUUAUUAUCUCAGACGUGAAGAGUGAAUCAUGUUGUGAUGGAGAAAUAACGUCCUCAACAUCAGAAGAGCGACUGACAGCACAAAUUCAAGAGAAGAAACUUCAUUCAGAAGAGCAAAAAGAGACGAAGAAGCUGUUUAACUGUGAACAAUGUGGGAAGGAUUUUGAUUUCUUAUUUCAGCUGAAAGGCCACAUGAGGACACACGGUGAUGAAAAACCUUUCUACUGCACUCAAUGUGGCAAAUACUACAGCAGCAAACAAAGUCUUGAUGUUCAUAAGAGAAUUCACAAAGAAGAGAAACUGUAUGAGUGUCCUCACUGUGAGAAGACAUUCAACUACCAAUCCAAUAUGAAGAAUCAUGUGCGUUCACACACCAAUGAGAGACCGUAUCAGUGCAGUCAAUGUGGAAAAACCUUCACACAGUCAUCCUCUUUAAAGCGACAUGAAAAAACACACUCUCAAGAGAAACUCUAUCCAUGUUCAUACUGUGAUAAACUUUUCAGUGAUACAUCUCAUCUGAUAAUCCAUGAGAGAGUUCACACUGGAGAGAAACCUUACGUCUGCUCUCAAUGUGGAAAAAGCUUCUCUGAAUCAUCUCGUUUUAGAGUUCAUCAGAGAAUUCACACAGGAGAGAAACCUUACGUCUGCUCUUACUGUGGUAAUAGGUUCUCUGAACUAUGUAAUUUGAGAGCUCAUCAGAGAGUUCACACUGGAGAGAAACCUCAUCAUUGCAGUGUUUGUGGGAAGAGUUUUAAUCGGCGUGAAGAUUUAGGGACACACCAGAGAUCUCAUACAGGUGAAAAACCUUACAAAUGCUCUCAGUGUGACAAGAAGUUUACCACAUUGAAUUACUUAAAAGUCCACCAGAGACUUCACACAGGAGAGAAACCUUACGUCUGCUCUCACUGUGGAAAAAGCUUCUUUGAUCCAUCUAAUUUCAGAGUUCAUCAGAGAGUUCACACUGGAGCGAAGAAAUUUCAUCACUGCAGUGUUUGUGGGAAGAGUUUUAAUCGGCGUCAAAGUUUAGUGAGACACCAGAGAACUCAUACAGGUGAAAAACCUUACAAAUGCUCUAAGUGUGAAAAGACAUUUACUUGGUUGGGUUCCUUUAAAAACCAUGAGAGACGUCAUUCUUCAGCUUCUCUGAUCAAUCUCAUUUCAUAGUUUAUUAAAGAUUUCACACGGGAGAGAAACUUUACCUGUGCAGUGUUUGUGAGAAGAGUUUUAAAGGAGUCGUAUGACCCUACGAUAAGAUGUUUUCCUUUGUUUUCAGAAUGUUAAAAGAUUUCUGUGCAUAAAGAAGAUCUAUAAAGUUGCAAAGUUAAAGUUUUAAACCCAAAAA